CACAGAUGGGUGAUCGAAAAAAUGCAAGAGUGAAAAACACAAAGUGAGGCCACAAAAUACUGAGUGAAUACUUAUCAUCUUCUCUCUCUCCCCCCCUCUCUCAACAUCCCCGCUUCUCUGAUCCCUUUCUGUAAUUAAUCUGUCUUUCAAAAUUUCAAUUUCAGGGUUUGUUUUCUUGAUUUCGAACUCAUUUUAAUCCAAAAAGAAAUCAACCCAAAAGGGUGUUUUUGAAAGUCAGUUGAUUCAGAAUAGAGAUCCGUUUUUUUUUUUUGGUAUAUAGUUCUCUAGUUUUAAUUUGAUCAAAACAACUAAGAGGGCUUGUUUUAUCUGUUCCUCAGGUUGAUUUUGGUCUUUUUAGUUUCAGAUCUUUAAGGAUUUUAAAGGGUUCUUUAUUUUAACACCUCUUUGAUCCUUGUUUGUAGAAAAAAUUUCCUGUUUUCUUUUAGUUUUGAUACAAGAAACGGGUUUGUUUUUAAGAGUUUUCUUGUUUAGAUCUCUUUGCUCUUUAUAUAUAUAUAUAUAUAUAUAUAUAUAUAUAUAUAAUUUUGUUGUUAACCUUUGUUUGGUUGAGAAGAAAAUGGCAGCAGCUAUAGAUUUAUACAGCAGCAGCAGCAGUCAGAUUUUAUCGGAUUUCUCAGAUCAAGAGCUGAUGAUGGCACUGAAACCUUUUAUGAAAGGUGCUUCAUCAUCACCCACUACUUCUUCCCUAACUUCUUAUUCUUCUUCUUCGCCUUCAUCUCCUUCUCUUUCUCUCUCUACCUCCUCCCUCUCUCCUACUUUUUACCCUUCGGAGCCUGUCAUGUACCCUGAAUUUGGCUCAUCACCAUCGACGACCCACAUGUUUUCUCAAGGUUUCUCGAGUUUUGACCAAAUGGUUAUGGACCAAACAGGCUCAAUUGGACUCAACCAACUCACCCCAUCUCAGAUCCUUCAAAUCCAAGCUCAAUUCCAACUCCAACAACAGCAGCAAUACAUUGCUUCACUCCAAACCCAAACCCAAACCCAGAGGCAAUUGCAAGAAAAGCAGCAAUCUCUGAGCUUCCUUGGCCCGAAACCUGUUCCGAUGAAGCACGUUGGUGCUCCGGCGAAGCCGGCUAAGCUUUACCGGGGAGUGAGACAGCGACAUUGGGGCAAAUGGGUUGCGGAGAUCAGACUCCCCAAGAAUCGAACCAGGCUUUGGCUUGGGACAUUCGAUACAGCUGAAGAAGCAGCUUUGGCCUAUGACUUGGCUGCUUUUAAGCUCAGGGGAGACUUUGCGAGGCUCAACUUUCCGAAUCUUCGCCAUCAAGGAGGCCAUCAGUUGGCCAAUUGCAAGCCUCUGCAUUCCUCCGUUGACGCCAAGCUCCAAGCAAUUUGCCAGAACCUAGCCAAUUCGCAGAAACAGGGGAAUUCGAAGUCGACGACGACGGAUUCGGUCUCAGCGUCUGACCCACAGGUGGAAAAUGUCUCAGACAUUUCGUCGAACAGUGAGUGUGCGUACCCUGUAACGGGAGACGUUAAGGUGGAGGCCUCGUGCUCGUCCGAUGAAUCAUCCGGCGGGUCCUCACCGGAGUCCGAUAUCACCUUCCUCGACUUCUUAGACAAUUCGUUUGACGAAUCGGAGAUGUUCUUGUUGUCGAAGUAUCCUUCAGUGGAGAUAGAUUGGGCAGCUCUGUAGUUUGAUGUAAUCUUCUGUGUUUUUUUUUUUUUUUUUUUUUGUUUUCCAGUACUUUUGAGGUUUAGUAGUUUGUAAUUUUAGGUCUUGUUUGGGGUCUCCAAGUAGCUUCUGCAAUAUGGGUUUUUUGACAUUUGCAGAGGUGAGUCAAGUUGAGUUAGUGGUAGAGAAGGUUUAGGCAGUUUAUGUUAAUAUGUAACAUCUCGUGGUCUGCUGGUGGUUUUUUUCUAUGCUUGACCAUGGGAGAACUUGCUAGUUAUGUGUUUUUUCUUUUCCCGUUUUGUAGUGAUGUAAUUAAACAAGUCUUUGAAUUAUAAUGUAAUCUUUCUUUAUGUAGUGUUAA